AUGCCGGAUGCGAGCUUAAACCGAUCGAUCGAUGCCGCAGGAAGGCUUCAGAAGUUUGCUGCCGGGGUGCCGGUGGCGCUCAUGGGGGACUUCAACAUCAAGCCAGACACCUCCUCGUACGAUCUCAUCGUGCACGGUGGCAUCGCGGACAAGGUCCGCCCAGAGGCUGCCGCGGAGGUGGCGGGCCUGGAGCGCUUGCCGAAGGCCGACUUCCCCAAGGGUCUGCAGAGCGCCUAUAAGGCCUUCUACGGGCAGGAGCCGGCCUUCACCAACUACGCGCUCUCGGGCUCCAACUCGGAGCCCUUCAUCGCCACGCUGGACUACAUUUGGUACAGCCCGGAGAGGCUGAGAGUUGUCGCGUGCCAGCAGCUGCCAGCGCCGGCGUCGGCGGAGGGCCCCUUGCCCAACGCCCAGGAGCCCUCCGACCACUUGCCGCUGCACGCCACCUUCAGCGCCUCGGAGGUGUUUUCUCCCGAAAUCUCCGAGUUCAACAUCAUGCAAGCGCCCUGGGCGAUUCUCGCCUCGGCGCCCCUGGCGGCGGCCGCCAACGCGGUGCUGCGCAGCUUCCCCGCGGCGCUGCUCAGCGCCUUGGGCACUGGGGCACUGGGGGUCCUUUGCUUCCCCAGCAAGCGAGUGCCGGAGGAACGUCAAGGGGAGGCCAUGGGCGUCCUGGACAUUUGCUCCUCGGCGCUGCGGGUAGUGGCGCCUAUGCUGGCAGGCGUGUUGAUGGAUCUUUUCGGCGGCGGUGCCUUUCUAUUCCAAGCCUCGCUCUUCCUCGCGGCAAUCCUCGGCCUCUCGCUGCUGGACAGCGGGAAGACUCUCGCGAAAGCAGCGAAAGUCGCCAUGAAGUCGAAGAAGGCCGGCGCAAAGGUUGGCGCGGCCAAGAAGGCGAGGAAGCUGAAGCGGAAGCGCCAGGCUUCCGCGGCCGCCGCGGCAUCCGCGGAAGGCGCGGAAGGCGCGGAAGGCGCGGAAGCGGCCGAGGCGGCGCCCGCGGGCGCUAAGAAGGCCGACACCUUUCAGGUGGAGUUCCAGUUCUUCGACCCGGAGGAGGAGGACUUCCACUCGGCGCGGGACCUGCUGUGCAGCGGCAGCUUGGGGACCUUGGAGCUUGACUUCUCGGGGCUGGCGAAUGCCAUCGUGGACCAGGUCAACAUUGGCAGCAUGGUGAAGUCUGGGCAUGAGGAGGGCGUGCAAUCGGAAGACGUGACCCUUUGCGGCAUGCUAACGGUUCUGAAUCUGCGACAGUUUGCGAAGGAACCGUGGUGCAAGCAGCUCGCGAAGCUGCUGGAAGCCAAGGCUGGCGAUUGCUUGGAGCUGAAGCAGUACACGCAGUCCUCCGAGCGCCAGGUGGGUUUCGUGGUUGCGGAGCGGUUCGUGAAUCUGCCUCUGGAACUGCUGCCCGCGAUGCACAAAGCGAUCCUGGAAGACAUUGAGUGGUCCUGCACGGUCGAGUAUUGCCCAGAGGAGGAGCGGCCUUUCUAUUUCUUCACCCACUUCCUGUGCGUGGCAUCGUGCCGAGCCGUCGCCGGCACGGCCGAAGGCCCUUUGCAGUUGCAGCUCAAGACUGGCUCCGUGUUGCAAUUCUCGCGGCCCGAGGAGCUGGUCCUGGCUCGCGCAGCGUCUUUCAUCUACAGCUUCCUGCGGCCUCAGCCCAAAGAUGGCUCUGGAAUGACCCUCGGCAAAGGCAACGCAAUGCCCAUCGACUACUCGAAGUUUGAUGACAUCGAGGACGAGGAGGAGGCGGAAGGUGACUGGCGGCAGCUGUUGGAGCAGCUUAGCCGCCAGGCACCCCCGGACCCUCGGAGCGGCAGGUGGGAGGACUUCGGGGAUGACCUGGGCUACGACCUGGGCUACGACUUGGAGCCGGAAGAUCCGGGCAUGGAGUCCUACGAGUUGGAUUUUCAGGAUCUCCAUCAGGAGGCCUGGUGCCUGCUGCGGCGGCGCCUGGUUGGAUCCGCCUUCGGGGCCGCGUCGGUACGCCGGCGCCUGCUGCUGGAGGCGGAGCUGUGUCUGCGUCGGCGUAAGCACCGGCCUGCGCUGCUAGCGGCACUGGCGCUGCGCUUCUGCUGCGGCGCGGAGGGCCAGGUUCCCGAGCUCAGUGAGCAGAAGCCAGAAGAGGACAACCCUCAGUGCUGGGUCACCCCCGCCGCGGUGGUCGAGAUGGUGU